UAUCAAGAGAUUGCUUGAAAACUCCCCUUCCAUAGGAAAACGGCACGAAUCAACAGUUAUGGAAAGAGAUGACGUGUUGGGUGGGUAGACGGAGGGGGCCAAUGGGAAUGGUGUUUGUUGGACGGUGUGUUGCUACGGCCGGAGCUCCAGUCCCGGAGUGAGUUGGCGUUGAGUGACGGAGUCGGGAGCGGGAGACGGGAGCUACCGCCGACACCAUAGCAACGGCGCCGAAAGAUGUCCUAUUACAGUGUGAGUGUCUUUGAAGAUGAAAAUAUUAACCUACGGCAGCAGAAGCUGGAGAAACAGCGUGCACUAUUGGAACAGAAGCAGAGGAAGAAACGGCAGGACCUUCUCAUGGUUCAGCCUAACCUUGAAACUAAGCCCAGGAGGUUGAAGCCAAAGCGCUGCGAGGAACAAUCCUCAUUAGUACAGUCCGAUAAUAACAUCACUAGCCACAGAAUAUUAGAUGCAGAAGGAGAUAGAAAGACAUCUGAUGUGGCACUUCCUUCUGGGAAAUCUUUACAUGCAGUCAAAAUGAAAAAUUUGCGAGAAGGUAACAAAUUGGACAGAGAUAACGGAAGGGACAAAGGUGAACCAGGUGUUGAUGGGCCAGGAUCCUUAGUAAGCAAUGAAGUACAAGGUGUUAGUAACAGGAUCCAAAUCCUUUCUGUUGGUGAAUCAAUGGCAGUCAGUGAUGAUGUCGAAGCACUCUUGGACUUGCCAGCUAAGCCAGAAAUCCAGGAAAUAAUGGAACAAAGAGGAAUCUCUGGAAGUAUGAACUUCGAAGAAGAUAAUCAAGAGGAGAAUGAUAAUACUUCAGGUUCUCAGAGUGAUGAAAGUGUCAGGCCCUCUUCUGCUACCAAUAAACAAUCAGUCAAGCAGGAACCAGCAACUGCUUCACUUCCUUCUCGAGGAUCUGGCUUAAAUUUGGAUGCAGACAACUUGGAGGAAUUUGUGCUGAGACCUGCCCCUCGGGGAAUAACUAUCCAAUGCAGGGUCACACGGGACAAGAAAGGAAUGGACCGUGGUCUCUAUCCAACAUACUUCAUGCAUCUUGAGCGGGAUGAUGGCAAGAAGUUGUUUUUAUUAGCUGGAAGAAAAAGGAAAAAAAGCAAAACUUCCAAUUAUUUAAUAUCUGUUGAUGCAACAGACUUAUCUCGAGAAGCUGAAAGCUACAUAGGGAAAUUAAGGUCAAAUUUAAUGGGAACUAAGUUUACAAUCUAUGAUAAUGGAAUAAAUCCUGCAAAAGCAGUUGGAUUACUUGAUGAAGCCAAUACCAGGCAAGAAUUAGCUGCAAUUUGCUAUGAAACCAAUGUCCUUGGAUUUAAAGGGCCAAGGAAAAUGACUGUUGUCAUUCCAGGGAUGAAUGUGAAUCAUGAACGGGUCCCCAUUAAACCUCGCAAUGAACAUGAAAGUUUGCUGUUGAUGUGGCAGAAUAGAAAUAUGGAAAAUCUAAUUGAGCUGCAUAACAAAGUGCCUGUUUGGAAUGAUGAUACUCAGUCUUAUGUGCUGAAUUUCCAUGGAAGAGUUACACAGGCAUCAGUGAAGAACUUCCAAAUUGUUCAUGACAAUGAUCCUGACUACAUUGUGAUGCAGUUUGGUCGAGUGGCAGAAGAUGUUUUUACAAUGGACUACAAUUAUCCAAUGUGUGCACUACAGGCCUUUGCAAUAGGAUUGUCCAGUUUUGACAGUAAAUUAGCAUGUGAAUGAGGACAACAGUGGAUGCAGGCCUCCACUUUUUAAAGAAGGAAACAAAGGGACAUGUCUUUGAAAACCUCCUACAAAGAAGUAUGGUUGUGUUGGAAUCAUGCAAAUACGUUUACUAUGGAAUUGUUUUAAAUCAAAUAUAGAAACAAAAGAAAGCAAAAUAAAAGUUCUCUGAAUGUCAGAAAUAGAUUUCCAAGCGAUCUAACAAUCAUGGCAAGUCGAUUAUGCUAUUAAAUAUAUUUUAUAUUGUUUUACUUGAAUAAGAUACUUUGCCAAAUUGUAGUAGUGUGGAUCAAAAGACUACUGUUCACAUUUGCCCAAAGAAACAGCAUGGGAGCUAUCUAAAACUAGGAUCCAAUUUGGUAUUAGCGGGAACAGGAGGAACGUCCUUAAAUUAUGUCACAUGAAUACCUGAAAUAAUGAUUUCCUGAAUUAUUAUAUUGACCCACGUGGCAUUGUUUAUUUUCGUUCAUAUCCCCACCCCAUCUAAGGCAGUGUCAUAUUGCUAGCACGGUGUUCGCCCACAAUUAAAUUCAUUGCCCUUAGACUGUGAAUGCUGCUAAAUUUUGCCAUUUAUUUAUCCAGUAUCUGCAGGAAAACACUUCCAGCAAGAGGUGACAGAUGAUUAACAGGAUGAAGUGUCCUGGUUGAAUAUAAUUUUUCAUCCCAUUGGGGCAAUAGCUGAACAUGCUGGGGGUUUUCCUUUGUUGAAGCUCCGUGAAGCACCUUGAAAUGUUUUCUCCAUGUACAUAUAUGGAAGCUGUUGUGGCACAGUGUGCAGUAGGUUUUGGCAUAAUUCUUGCUACACGUGAUCUAAAAAGAGGCAUCUGAUUAUAAGUUCUGUUCCCAUGUAGUUCGGAAGAGGUAUUUAGAGAUAUUACUCAGAUAUGUAUUCAGACAUCACAUGCGGAAAAAUAAAGGUGACUUGUAUUACAGAAACGGAGAAAAUGUGUUUCAACAGCAGAAUGUUCUUAAUCAAUGUGAAAUAUUUAACUGCCAUUGUGCUUGUUCUAUAUAGAGCUCCUAAAAGUAUUCCUGCCUUAAAAGGCAUUCUUGCUAGUGGCCUUUUAUAAUAAGCUCAAAGUUAACUGUUACACAAUUCAAUCUGUGCAUUAUCUUCUGUAUUCUUAAAUGUGAAUGGUGUCCCUAAGAUUUUCAGAACCUUUUAUUUCCUCAAUGGCAAGUUCAAAUGUGUUUGCGUGAUAUAUCCUUAAUUCUACAUCUUACUAUGACAAUUUAUGUUGCAUUUGUUUGAUGUACUUCAGCCUCUGUGUUGUUUUAAUACAUGCUUCAAUUUGGUAAAUUGUCCUUAUAUAACUCAUUCUACUAUGUGUAUUCGUUAUUUAUAUAAUUCAGGAUUUUGCCACAAAAUGAAUAAAAUUCACCAUGUCCUAAAUUUAGAACCAUAGUUUUUUUAAAUUCUGGUAAUUUUUAUAAUUAAGCUUUGAUUUUUAGUCAUUUUGCUGCAGCUAAUAUUUGGCUCUACUUAUUCUGCCACAAUGAUGUAUAACUUUUAUUGCCUUUAUGAUGUCUGCGCCACAUCCAUACUUGCACACUUCAAUACGCCAUUGUGACUUAGGUUUAUAUUGAUUUGUAUCUGUAUAAUGAAGCCAUUAUGUGAUAUUCUAAUGUAAAUUGUGGAAAGUGUGUUUUAUAAAAUACACAAAUGUAAAUGAAA